GUAUGUAUAUUUUUGAAACCGCAAAACGAUUGAGCGGAAUAAUGAGAAUCGUGCAUGCUACAAUGAGGAUGUGGUGAUUGAAACGAAUAGCUCGCGUCGUACAAGAGCAAAAAGUAUACAGUCAGAGCUCAAAUUAGUGAGAUAUCACAGUAUGGCAGACGACGUACGAUUUGUAUAGUGUGUUCAGCUACUAGAUAAUAGACUCAAGUAUACACGCGUUAGGUUUAUGCACGCUUUUAUUGAUGAAGUAUCAUCUAUGAGAAUAGAGACGAACGAUUAUUGUACAGUUAACAACCUUAUGGCUGAUCAUGAAGUUGUCAAGUCUAAAAGCUGGUUUUGGGGAUGGUUUAGCUGGUCAUCUUCAACCAUGUUGCGUGCUGCAGAGAAAAAAAUACUUUCUUGUUUGAAAACAGCAUACCGAGGAUGGUAUGUAGAUAUUGGUCCUGUAGUAGGUACAGCUGAUAAAAUAUGGACUAUUUCUUUGAAUGAAGAAUCGGCAAAAACCCCUAUUGUCCUCUUACAUGGUUUGGGUGCAGGUGUAGCUCUUUGGUGCUUAAAUCUUGACGCACUUGCAUCGCAAAGACCAGUAUACGCUAUAGAUCUUUUAGGUUUUGGUAGGAGUAGUAGGCCAGUCUUUAGCUCAGAAGCAAAAGAAGCCGAGGAACAAUUAGUUCGUUCUAUUGAAGAAUGGAGGAGAGAAAUGCAAUUAGAAAAAUUUGUAUUGUUAGGACAUUCAAUGGGUGGUUUCCUUGCUGCAUCCUAUACUAUGCAACAUCCAGAAAGAGUAAAGCACUUGAUUCUUGCGGAUCCAUGGGGAUUUCCAGAGAGACCUUCAGAAGUAGCAAUAAAAGCAAAUGUUCCUCUUUGGGUUAAAGCCAUAGCUUUUGUAGUACAGCCCUUAAAUCCUCUAUGGGCAGUAAGAGUCGCAGGUCCAUUUGGACAAUGGCUUAUUGAAAAAACUAGGCCAGACAUAGUUAAGAAAUUUUCUUCAUUAUUGAAAGACGAUACAGGAGUAAUUUCACAAUAUAUACAUCAAUGUAAUGCCCAAACUCCAUCUGGUGAAAGUGCUUUUCAUGCUAUGAUGCAAGGUUUUGGUUGGGCAAAGCAUCCUAUUGUGAAACGAAUGGAUAAAUUAAAUCCAGAAAUUCCGAUAACAUUAUUAUACGGCAGCCGUUCUUGGGUAGAUAAUUCGGCUGGCGAAGCUAUCAAACAAUCUCGUUUGUCAUCAUAUGUUAAUGUACAAGUUAUAACAGGAGCAGGACAUCAUGUUUAUGCUGAUAAAAGCGACAUUUUUAACAAAUACGUAUUGGAAGCAUGUACUUUAAGCGAUUCAACUCAGUCCUUAUCAAAUUCGCAUAUACAUACAAGUUCAAAAUACGCAAUAGAAAAUAAUGAUUUGUUGAAGAUUGAAAAUAAUACGUCUGAACCUCAGAGAGUAGAUGAAGAACAAGAAUUAGAUGCACAACGACCAAGGUCUAGUUAAUGUAUAUUUUAUUAUUUUAUAAAAUAGAAUUUUAUGAUUUUAUGUACACAUAUGCAUAUAUGAAUUGUACAUGACCUGCAUGUAUUAACAUGUAAUAUUUAAGAAAAAAAUGUGCAAAUAUUAUAUAGUGCUCAGCAUUUGAAUGUUAUUAUAACAGUUAUAUCAUUCGAGUAAAAAUAGGAUAUUUUUAAAGUUACAUUAAAAUACUAUUUUUCAAAAAUUUCUCUAAUUAUACUUCCGUAUUAAAGCAGUGUUGAUGUAUCUGACUUAUUUUGAUGGUUAUUUUUCAAUUUUGACAAUAUGUUUAGAUAAAAAAUGAAUUGUAACUUAAUUGAUUUUGAUCUUCUUAAAAGUUAUACAUUCAGGAGGAAUUAAAAGUUCUCUGAAUAAGAUAAUUUCUAUCCAUGUGUAAUAUAUUGAUAACAUUUAUUUCAUUAAAUGU